UCAGUUGCUUUUGCCAAGUUAGCCAUGCACCAGGAUGCUGCUGACAUGUUGAAUGAGGCUACUAGACUUGAAGAGAAGAAGCAAAAGGCUAUGUCACUGUUCAUAUUUCUGCUCAUGUAUGCUAGUUUUUCGGAGUCAAGCAGUGCUUGUCUUCAGCUGCCUGCAUCUGUUAGGUGGAGACUAUUGCAGGAUCAGAGGAGGAUUCCAGUGCUGCAAGACUAUUAA